AUUGACAAUAAUGCAUAAUGCUUAGAGUAUUGUCGAGAGGAUUUUCGAGUCCAACAUGCCUGCUUUGAUUGUCACUACCAAUGCCUUUUUCACAGACGAGGUUCUAAAACAACUGCUGCCACAGCUUUCCAAGAAUGUGGCAGAGGCACUGGGCAAACCAGAACACUACAUGUGCGUUGGUGUUACCAAAGCAACAAUGAUAUUUGGGGGUUCCGAUGAGCCUUGUGCUUUCACAACUCUUUCAUCCAUUGGCAGUAUCAGUCGUAAGUCGAACGAGAAAGUUAGCGCUGUCGUAUGUGACUUGCUACAGAAGUACUUGAAAGUCUCACCUUCUAGAACUUAUAUUCAAUUUACUGACUCUCCUCCUGAAAACUUUGGACACAAUAGUUCAACCUUUUAAGAGGAGUCAUGUUGGAUAUGCUUCUUGUUUUUAAUAAAGUGUGGUUUUUUUCCAAUUGUUUGGAUUGCAGUCGCGGCCAAACUACGACAAGCAACAUCAGCAAGACUUUUCAAGGAAUGUCAUUAUCCAAGUUUUGCAUAGGUUUCUUUAAACCAGCUUCUAUAAGAGCAGUAGUGACGUUA